AACAGUCAGCAGAAGACAACCAAUACCUACUCAAACAAACCAUUACAUGACAAAUUCUCACACUUUCUUGUCUCUCUCUCUCCGCACACCGCCACAAUCCAACUUUUAUUCAAGAUUUUCACAAUCUUUUCCCAAAAGGGGUCUCUUUUUUAACAAAUUCAAAACCUUUUUUUUGGUUUAAAAUGGAGAAUAUAGAAGAAGGAUUGUUAUUGAAAGAAAAAGAAGAAAAGGGUGUAGUUGAAUUGAGAUGGGAAGUAAUUUGGGAAGAAAUGAAAGAACUUGGUUAUUUGGCUGGACCAAUGAUAGCAGUAACACUUUCACAGUAUUUUUUACAAGUAAUAUCAAUGAUGAUGGUUGGUCAUUUAGGUGAACUUUCUCUUUCAAGUACUGCUAUUGCUCUUUCUCUUGCUGGUGUCACUGGUUUCAGCUUUCUUUUAGGAAUGGCCAGUGCACUAGAAACUCUUUGCGGACAGGCUUUUGGAGCUAAGCAAUACCAAAGACUUGGUACUCAAACAUACACUGCCAUUUUUUCUCUCUUCAUUGUUUGCAUUCCCCUCACAAUCUUAUGGAUGUAUAUGGGAACAUUGCUUACCUUCAUCGGCCAAGAUCCUCAGAUUUCUCAUGAAGCUGGAAAGUUCAUUAAGUGGCUGAUUCCUGCUCUCUUUGCUUAUGCAAAUCUUCAUCCGCUUAUUCGGUACUAUCAAAUGCAAAGUAUGAUUGUUCCCAUGCUCGUAAGCUCCUGCAUGACAAUAUGCUUCCACAUACCGCUGUCUUGGGUGCUAGUGUUUCGCUCUGGCUUAGGUAAUAUUGGCGCGGCAAUAGCUAUUGGUAUAUCGAUGUGGUUGAAUGUCAUAAUCCUUGCUUCAUACAUGAGGUUGUCUCCCGCUUGUGCAAAAACCCGUGCACCAAUGUCUUGGGAGAUCGUCAAGGGAAUGAGAGAAUUCUUUCAGUUUGCUAUCCCUUCUGCAAUCAUGAUUUGUCUUGAGUGGUGGUCAUUUGAGCUGCUCAUCUUGCUAUCAGGCCUAUUGCCAAAUCCGCAACUUGAAGCUUCAGUUCUGUCUAUAUGCCUGAACACCAUUUCUACGCUUUAUGCAAUACCAUUUGGUCUCGCUGGUGCUGUAAGCAUUAGAGUAUCUAAUCAAUUAGGAGCUGGAAAUCCUCAAGGAGCUCGCGUAUCUGUGCUUUCUGCAAUGCUCAUCGCGGCCACAGAGACAAUACUCGUAAGCACAACUGUCUUUGCUUGUCGAAACGUAUUUGGCUACAUUUUCAGCAACGAGAAGGAAGUUGUGGACUAUGUCGCAAACAUGGCCCCUCUUCUAUGUAUAUCGGUCAUAACUGACAGCUUGCAAGGAACUCUUUCAGGUGUUGCGAGGGGAUGUGGUUGGCAGCAUAUCGGAGCCUAUGUCAAUCUUGCUUCAUUUUACCUUUGCGGAAUUCCUAUAGCUGCUUCAUUAGCUUUUUGGCUUAACUUUAGGGGAAAAGGCCUGUGGAUCGGCGUACUUUCUGGUGCUGUUGUGCAAUCUAUUCUACUAUCUGUGAUAACAUGCUGCACAAAUUGGAAAAAACAAGCUGCAAUGGCAAGGGAGAGGCUUCAUGCUGAUGAAAAAUCAUCUAUUGAUAACAGAUUGAUGUAAAUGAAUUGAACUUCUCUUAUUGAAGUCUAGAACAAGUGUAUGCAGACCUUACCCUUACCGGUAGAGAGGCUGUUUCCCAACCCGGUAUCCUUCCCUCCAAGAACUUCCCACCUUGAUCUUGGGGAGACUCGAACUCACAACUUCUUGGUUGGAAGUGGAGGUUGCUUACCAUCAGAGCAACCCCUCUUGCCAAGUUACAGAAUACUGAACUACUGAAAAAUAGAGAGAGGAUCCAAUUUUCCCUUCUAUCCUCUAAAGUUUGUACUUUAAUUUGUAUGUCCUCUAAAUCUGCAUAAUCAAAGUUGAGUUCUUUUUCUUCUUUUGUCACAUUGAUUGAUAGGAGUUGAGCUUAAACGAAGAAGUGAGGAUUUGUAUAGCUGAUCUUAACUUGUUUGUAUUGAAGCGUAGUUCUUGUUUA